AUGCCGUCACUCAUGCUCUCAUUCUUACUCGCUCUCUUCAUCACACUCACCGCAGCCGCCCUCCCACCCAAAGGCGCCGUUUCCCUGACAAGCCUGGACAUCGACCUCGAUGGAAGUGGCUGCAGGCCCGGCGACGCCAGCGUCAUGCUCGCCUCCGACAACUCUGCUUUAACCAUCAUCUUCGACAACUUCGCCGCUUCCGACGGACCAAAAGCAGGGACUGCAAAGACACGCGCCUUCUGCAGGGUGAAUAUAGGCAUGAACUCGCCGGGGUGGGCGUUCGAUGUCAGCUCGGCUGAUUUCCGAGGCUAUGUGUACAUUGAGAAGGGGGUUGAGGCUAGUUUGGUUAGCCGGUGGAAGUGGAUUGAUGUGAAUGGCGUGGAUAUGAAGGGCAAGGGCAACAUUCAUAAGAUUGUAACAGGGCCAUUCGAGGAAGACUUCCUUUUGCACAAGGACGGUGAGAUAUCAGAUACGGAGGCGUCGGUGUGUCAGAAGAAGGAUGCGAGAAUUCAGAUUAGUCUCUCUGCGACGGUAGAUUCGGGUACGUCGAACAAAAACGGUUACGUGCAGGGGAGCUCGGUGGAUGCUGGGUUCGGCCAGAUACUAAAUCUGUCGUGGAAGAAAUGCUGA